CCGGAUUCUUAGAGCGGACUCAGAGCUCCACGGUUCCCUACGCGGUUAGCACAUGCGCGAGGGUUCUGCUCCCUUUUCCUCCACUUCCACUAGCCUCUACCGUCCGGGAAGCCGCCGCCACCGCCGCCGAGGAGUCAGGAAGUUCAAGAUGGCCGCCGCGGAGACUCUGUCGCUGCGGGAACAGCCAGAGAUGGAAGAUGCUGAUAAUUCCGAAAAGAGUGUAAAUGAAGAAAAUGGAGAAGUAUCAGAAGACCAGUCUCAAAAUAAGCACAGUCGUCACAAAAAAAAGAAGCAUAAACACAGAAGUAAACAUAAGAAACAUAAACAUUCCUCAGAAGAAGACAAGGAUAAAAAACAUAAACAUAAGCAUAAACAUAAGAAACACAAAAGAAAAGAGGUUAUUGAUGCUUCUGACAAAGAAGGUAUGUCUCCAGCAAAAAGAACUAAACUUGAUGAUUUAGCUUUGCUGGAAGACUUGGAAAAACAGAGAGCCUUGAUUAAAGCUGAACUUGAUAAUGAGUUAAUGGAAGGAAAGGUCCAAUCUGGGAUGGGGCUCAUAUUGCAAGGCUAUGAGUCUGGCUCUGAAGAAGAGGGGGAGAUUCAUGAAAAAGCAAGAAAUGGAAAUAGGUCUAGUACCAGAUCAUCAAGUACAAAGGGGAAACUUGAACUAAUGGACAAUAAAAAUAGUACAAAAAAGCGAAGUAAAAGCAGAUCCAAAGAACGGACUAGACAUAGGAGUGAUAAAAAGAAAAGUAAGGGAGGUGUUGAAAUAGUUAAAGAGAAGACAACUAGGAGCAAGUCAAAGGAGAGGAAAAAGUCCAAAAGUCCAUCCAAGAGAAGUAAGUCUCAAGAUCAAGCAAGGAAAUCAAAAUCUCCUACCCUUAGAAGGCGAUCUCAAGAGAAAAUUGGGAAGGCCAGAUCUCCUGCUGAUGACAAGGUUAAAAUUGAAGAUAAAAGUAGGUCAAAAGAUAGAAAAAAAUCCCCAAUUAUAAAUGAAAGUAGAAGUCGUGAUCGAGGCAAAAAAUCCAGAUCCCCAGUUGACUUAAGAGGUAAAUCCAAAGACAGAAGAUCACGGUCCAAAGAGAGAAAAUCAAAACGGUCUGACACGGAUAAAGAAAAGAAGCCAAUUAAAUCUCCCUCUAAAGAUGCUUCUUCUGGGAAAGAAAAUCGGUCACCCAGUAGAAGACCUGGUCGAAGUCCUAAAAGAAGAAGUUUGUCUCCAAAACAGCGGGAUAAAUCAAGGAGGAGUAGAUCUCCACUUGUAAAUGACAGAAGGUCUAAACAAAGCAAAUCACCUUCCCGAACUCUGUCUCCUGGUAGAAGAGCCAAGAGCCGAUCCUUGGAAAGAAAACGAAGAGAACCAGAAAGGAGACGACUUUCUUCUCCAAGAACACGACCUCGAGAUGAUAUCCUCAGUAGACGUGAAAGAUCAAAAGAUGCCAGCCCAAUCAAUAGGUGGUCUCCAACCCGAAGAAGAGCAAGUAGAUCUCCAAUUAGAAGACGGUCUCGUUCCCCACUCAGACGUAGUAGGUCACCCAGGAGAAGAAGCAGGUCUCCUCGGAGGAGGGACAGAGGUCGGAGGAGCCGGUCACGCUUGAGAAGGCGGUCUAGAUCACGGGGUGGUCGUAGACGGAGGAGCAGAAGCAAAAUAAAGGAAGAUAAAUUUAAAGGAAGUCUUUCUGAAGGAAUGAAAGUUGAACAAGAAUCUUCAUCUGAUGAUAACCUUGAAGAUUUUGAUGUAGAGGAAGAAGAUGAAGAAGCCCUAAUAGAACAGAGAAGAAUACAGAGGCAGGCGAUUGUUCAGAAAUACAAAUAUCUUGCUGAAGAUAGCAAUAUGUCUGUGCCAUCUGAACCAAGCAGCCCUCAGAGCAGUACCUGUACACGGUCACCUUCUCCGGAUGACAUUCUGGAAAGGGUAGCUGCUGAUGUGAAAGAGUAUGAACGGGAAAACGUUGAUACAUUUGAGGCUUCAGUAAAAGCCAAGCAUAAUCUAAUGACUGUUGAACAGAAUAAUGGUUCAUCUCAGAAAAAGCUCUUGGCACCUGAUAUGUUUACCGAAUCUGAUGAUAUGUUUGCUGCCUACUUUGAUAGUGCUCGUCUUCGGGCUGCUGGCAUUGGAAAAGAUUUCAAAGAGAAUCCCAACCUCAGGGAUAACUGGACAGAUGCAGAAGGCUAUUAUCGUGUGAACAUAGGUGAAGUCCUAGAUAAGCGUUACAAUGUGUAUGGCUACACUGGCCAGGGUGUCUUCAGUAAUGUUGUACGAGCCAGAGAUAAUGCAAGAGCCAACCAAGAAGUGGCUGUAAAAAUCAUCAGAAACAAUGAGCUCAUGCAAAAAACUGGCUUAAAAGAACUAGAAUUCCUGAAAAAACUUAAUGAUGCUGAUCCUGAUGACAAAUUUCAUUGUUUGCGACUCUUCAGACACUUUUAUCACAAACAGCAUCUCUGUCUCGUAUUUGAGCCUCUAAGUAUGAAUUUACGAGAGGUGUUAAAAAAAUAUGGUAAGGAUGUUGGUCUUCAUAUUAAAGCUGUAAGAUCCUACAGUCAGCAGUUGUUCUUGGCAUUAAAACUCCUUAAAAGAUGCAAUAUCCUACAUGCAGAUAUCAAGCCAGACAAUAUCCUGGUUAAUGAAUCAAAAACUAUUUUAAAGCUCUGCGAUUUUGGGUCGGCUUCACAUGUUGCGGAUAAUGACAUAACACCUUAUCUUGUCAGUAGAUUUUAUCGUGCUCCUGAAAUCAUUAUAGGCAAAAGCUAUGAUUAUGGUAUAGAUAUGUGGUCUGUAGGUUGUACCUUAUAUGAACUCUACACUGGAAAAAUUUUAUUUCCUGGCAAAACCAAUAACCAUAUGUUGAAGCUCGCCAUGGAUCUCAAAGGAAAGAUGCCGAAUAAGAUGAUUCGGAAAGGUGUAUUCAAAGACCAACAUUUUGAUCAGAACCUCAACUUCAUGUAUAUAGAAGUUGAUAAAGUAACAGAGAGGGAGAAAGUUACUGUCAUGAGCACCAUUAAUCCAACCAAGGACCUGUUGGCUGACUUGAUUGGGUGCCAGCGACUUCCUGAAGACCAACGUAAAAAAGUACACCAGCUAAAGGACUUGUUGGACCAGAUCCUAAUGUUGGACCCCGCUAAACGAAUUAGCAUCAACCAGGCCCUACAGCAUGCCUUCAUCCAGGAAAAAAUUUAAACGAGAUGAAAGAAGCUCCAAGGGUUUGAGUAAUUAAAUACAAAGACUGAAGAAAUUUCACAGCAGUUUAUUAAUGUAUAUAAACUUAUAAAUAUUUCUCCAGCAAAUUUGAGGAAGCAUGAUAUAUUUGAAUUAACACCAAGGGUGAUAUUUCUUUUAGAAAUGUUAGUUAAUCUGUUUUGUGUCUUAUGUGAAAUUUCACUGUAGAACUGUUUUAAUUGCCAAGACUGCACAGAAUUACAGUGCUAAUGUAUAUGGUUGCAGUUCACAUAAAAGACAAAAGCAUCUGUUAUAAAAUGAGUAGUAAUACUGGGUGGUUGAUUUAUUUUUAGCAAACUUGGCUUCAUAUUGGUCUUCGGAUAAAAUGGCCAGCAUAAAUGCUGUUUAUAUUCACGUUUUCCUAGGUGUGUGUGUGCAGGCCACAGCAGCAUGCCCUUGGUGUAGUCAGUGCCGAAAGGGGUCUGUUCCUUCUUGAGCCUGCCUGCAGGGAUGGUCUCCUCUUUUAAAGCAGGUUGUGUACAACAUUCAGUACACUGAAGGCAUAAACCUUCCACUCUUGAACAAAGCAGCUGCUUUUUAAAAGCGAGAAAAGGAAAACGGGGCACAGGCCACUCACCGCCUUCUCCAAGGGGUCUGAUUUGCUGAGACACCAGCUUCACCUUCUUAACAAGGUUAUUUCUGACAGCAUGUGUAGUUAAACAUUUAGCAACGAUUUAAAACAAAAUCCUGUAAAUCAGCUUGGUUUUGCAACACAAAGGAAUUUGUAUUUUUAACAUGGUAGGAGAGCAUUUUCAGAAAUGUAUGUACAUCUUUUCUGUUUGGGUGGUAACAUUAAUGCUUGUCUUCCUGAGCAUUGUGGAAAAUAACCAGAUUUUGGGGGUUUAAAUAAUAUUUUUAAAUUGUAAAUGGGAUUUUUUUAUUCACCCAGGCACCUAAUUACAACAAGCAUGCACAUUUUGGUGCAUUCAAGAAUGGAAAAUCAGAAUAGCAGCAUUCUUCUGGUGGGUUUUGCUCCAUUUAAAGACAUGAACUACAGCCAGGAAGGUGAUAGAUGAUAUAAUAAGCCAACUUUGAAUCUACACCCCGUCUCUUCAUGGUUUAGACUUACUAAAAAUAAAUAAAAGGUGGUUUCCAUCUUCAGGUAGUGAAGCCUUUUAAAUAAGGCAUCACAGGUGCAGCUUGUCUACCUUACCAAAAUGGGUAGUGAUUUUCCCACCAUGACUUACUUUAUUUUGGUGAUAAUAUGCUGCAUAUUCAAGUCUUUGGUAGUUAUUUUCACUCGAAAUAGUUAACAUUUUGAUGCUUCUGGUGAUUUUCAUGACUUCAUUUUAUAUAAUUAUUUAAUAAGUUAACUUCCACUAGAAACAGUUCAUCUUAUGCCUUCAAAACUAUUACCUAUUCUUUAAAAAACAAAGUUGCUUGUUACUUGUUCUUUGUGUUUUAGGUGCAGUUCAGUGGAAGAUGAUGACAGCCAGAAGACAUGAGCUAAGGUUUCUGUCCUAUAAAAGAUUUAAAAAAAAAAAAGAAAGAAAAAAAAAAGGAGUUCUCCAUUUAAUUUUUGUCUAAUUUUUUAGUUUUCAGCAUUAUGAUUUGGGUUUCGUUAAUGUUUGGCACUUAGAAUAGUAGUGCUGUUGUGUUCAUCUGUAAAGUGCUUGUUUUAUCAUGCUUCCUGCCUCCUUCCCCUCCCCCCCAAUAAAAACGGUAGUCAAAUUUAGUGACUCUUUAUGAAAGAGAGAUUCUACAUAACAUAUGGCCAUCAGAAUUGGUUCCUAGGGGUUAUUAGAAAAAUAGAAGCCACCAAAAUCACAUAUAUCAGAAAGUAGUCUUUAGCUUUAGGUAUCUUAUCUCCUUGGCAGAUGCAAAAGAAUAGAAAGCAGAACUUUAAGAACACUGUUACUCAACUCCUUUAAUACUCUAGUCCCCGACUUUCCCUUUUAGUAACUGUUUUUGCGAGUGCUCCAGUCAUGGUCUUAAGAUAGACAAAAUAUUUAGAACCACUGUCCGUUUUUCUUCUAAAGUGAGAGAAGUAGAUCUUUGUUCCCAAAUUUAGCAUUCCUAGAUUUGUCUAUUCUAAAAACCCAUAAACAUUCUUUAUGUACAUGUACAUGAUUUUAUUAGAAUUAAUAAUUUUGCUGAGGCAGAGAUUUGGAACUUUGUAAGACCUCUAUUAGAUGAUGGUCAUAAUUUAGUGAAUUAUUUUAGCCUGCAUUCAUAUUUCAGAGAAGCUGUAUAGUUUUCAGAUAAGUUAAUCUCUGAUGAAGCAUUUGUUUUAUUAUACUUCACAGCAAAAAUAUCCCCUGAUUGUCAGAUGUCAGGGUUCCUAAGUCUUAGGGUCUAACCCUCAAAAAGAUCAUAGUUCUUUCUGUAGUCAGUGGGGAGGUGAGAUCCAGAAAGCAGAUACACUGUGGACCCUGUUCUCUGUGUGAACCUUAUUUUCAAAGUCAUGGUUUAGAGUAUCGAGGUUCGAGUAUCAGGUUGGAGUAUUGAAGUUUUGAAGGAAGGGAACAUCUUAAUUUUAAAGACCUUCCCAGUAUUCACAUUCACCCCUUAGUCCUUAUUAGUUGCAUCCUGUUGAUUCUCCAGUGUAUAACUCAUUCUACUCUACUACUUUCAAAAUAAGUUUGUUUUUAAGAUACUGUAAUUUUUUUCCCAUUAUAAUAACCACCUUUUUUCUCCAAAACAAAUACUCAGGACAUUUCUACAGUACAGAAAGAUGUAUGUUUUAUGGUAUGUGGUAGAGGCAGAGAAAUGUGUAGUGUUCUCAGAACUGUUUCAUAUUUGCAUUCCUUCUACUAUGCUUUACCUGUUCUUUAUCAUUUUGUAACGCUAGCCUGCUAGGUAGAAAUAAAUCUCUGGAGUGAAACAGAGGAAUCACAAAUCUUCAAAUUUAGGCCAAGUAGUUAAAGAAUGCCCUUUUAAAUGUUGGAGAUAACUCAAGUAAUUUCCUUUCAUUAGUUAUAAUGACAUCAUUAGAAAUUGGGCUUCAUAAAAAGUGUUUAUUUCCUUGUAGUAUCCUAGUUCAAGCAUAUAUUCAACAUGAGUUUUAUCAUCCUCCUAGAUGGAAUAUCUUCCUUAUGGAAAUGUUCACUACAAAUUCAUUUGUGUUUUUUUACAUGUCAGUAGUGUACACUAAAUUGACUUUUAGAAUGUUUUCCAGUUAUUUGAUAGAUAUCAUCAUGGCAUCCUUAAUUUUUUUUUUCUCCUUCUGUAUGUAGGGUAAGGGACUAUUCUUCUGAAGAAUCUUUCCAUUUAGUGAUCAAGAUAUGGAAGCUGGUCUCUGAAAAUACUCAAUAUGUAUCCCAGUUACUCAUGGUAUCAUUUGAAUUGUAACCUGCAUUUUAGCAAUGUUUCCAAUUAUUGGGAAAACUUAAUAAAAUGUGCCUCUUGUUACC